CUCUAUUCUAUAAAAGGUAGACAAUGGAAGCAAAGAAAGAAUCAAAUACUUAAUUACAACUAACUGGGUAAUCACUUAUAACUAUCUUCAUCGAAUUCGCUGAGUUCGCAUUUAUAUAUUAAUUAAUCAAUUAGGUUGGACGAGAUGGGGUUGACGGGAAAGUUGAUCGCGGCAAUAGAGUUCAAGCAUGGAGGGGACGUGUUCCACGACCUCUUCAAGCAAAGGCCACACGAGAUCGCAAACGCCAGCCCCCUCGUCCAUGGCUUUGAAUUGCACCAAGGCGAGCUUGGCAAGGCUGGAUCCGUCGUUUCAUGGCACUACACUCAUGAUGGAAAGAGAAAAAUUGCGAAACAGAUCAUUCAAAAAAUCGACGAGGAAACCAAGUCAAUGGAGUUCAAGAUGAUCGAGGGAGACCUAAUGGAGGACUUCAAGGAUUUUUUAAUUGUAUUCCACAUCGAGACCAAGAACAACAUCGACUUGGUCACAUGGACACUAGACUAUGAGAUGCUUCAUGAAGACGUGGUGCACCCGACCACACUCCUCGCCUACUUCAUCGAGGUCACUAAGGACAUCGAGGCUCACCAUGACAACAAGCCAUGAGUAUGUUUGAUGGGUUGAUGUCGGUAUCGAUGUUUUAUUUAUCAUCGAUGGUUGAUGUAAUAAUUAAUUUGUGAGAACUAUGUACUUGUUGUAUUUGGUGUUGUAAUAAGUCGGAGAGUACUUAGCAGCUUCGCUGUCUUUGUCUCCCUCAAUGAUGUGUUAUGAUGUUUCUGCAUAUGUUUCUUUAAUUUUCUUGUGUGAAGUUUGUUCAUGCAUUGCUUUCAAUGUCUUGUAAAUAUAUAGAUUAAUUUUUAUA